UUGUUUUCAUAUAGAAAUAAAAAUGGGAAGAAAGAAAUAUAAUUGGAAAGCAAGAAACAUUGCAGAAGUUGAAAUUGAUAAUUCGGUGGUUACAAAGAUUCCCAUCGAUAUUGAACAUCGUGAAGAUAAGUAUGAUAACUGUAAUGCUUUAAUUCUCCCAAAUGAAAAGAGAAAGGUAAAAAGCAAAGUUAAAAAAAUCACCACUACUCGAUUAUUAUCUAAAAAACGUAGAAAACAACUAGAAAAAGUUGUAGAAAGAAAGAAGAAAAAAUUACAUAGGGCUGAACUUUUAGAAGAAUUGGCAAAAGUCCAAGCACCGCAAGAAGAGUUAAAACAAUAUGUAUCAUUGACCAGUAUACAAACUAAAGGGUUAAAACGACAUUUUAGAGAGACAGAAUUAUUUGUUAUAGGAAAUAAGAACAAAUUAAAGAAUAAGAAUGAGGAUGAUGUAUUAGAAGUGCCCAUAAAUGCCAUUAAGGGUGCUAAAAAGAAAAGACUAGCAAUUUCAGAAGAACAAAAAAUACAGGAAGCUAUUUCAGAUCCAAAUGUUAUCGGAUUUGAUGAAUCUAGUGGCAGUGAAUCCGAAUCUGAGGCCAAUGGCAGUAAAUCUGAAUCUGAGGCCAAUGACAGUAAAUCCGAAUCUGCGGCCAAUGGCAAUAAAGAUCAGCAAAAAGACAGUACAACAGAAAUUGUAUUUUUAGAAAAAAGUAAAAAUGAAGAAAAAAAAGAACACAUUUUAAAUAAAGAAAAUGACUUGAUAAACAAUGUAACAAGAGAUGUAGAAGAAGAGAAAAAACAAGCUAUUGCUAUAAAUAAAGAAUCAUUAAAACCACAACAAGUAAUAGAAAGAAAACCAGCAAUGUUUGUAACACUACAAAGAAAGCCAGAGAUUGAAGUAACUAGAUUAAAGUUACCAGUAGUUGCAGAAGAACAAGUUAUAAUGGAAGCAAUUAAUGAAAGUUUCGUCGUAAUAAUCACUGGGGAAACAGGUAGUGGUAAAACAACUCAGGUACCACAAUUUCUCUAUGAAGCUGGGUAUGCUCAGGAGAAGUUAAUUGGAGUAACGGAACCCAGAAGAGUGGCAGCUAUAUCUAUGAGUAAACGUGUUGCUGAAGAAAUGAAUCUCACUGAAAAAGAAGUUUCUUAUUUAAUUCGUUUUGAAGGAAAUGUUACACCAGAGACAAAAAUCAAAUUUAUGACUGAUGGUGUAUUAUUAAAAGAAAUACAAAGUGAUUUUUUACUGACGAAAUAUUCGGUAAUUAUUCUAGAUGAAGCACAUGAACGUAGUAUAUAUACUGAUAUUUUGAUAGGAUUGUUAUCACGAAUUGUACCGCUUCGAAAUAAAAGGAAGAGCCCUUUAAAGCUUAUAAUUAUGUCUGCUACAUUACGUGUGGAGGAAUUUGUAGAAAAUAGUAAAUUAUUUAAAAUAAAACCACCAGUAUUAACAGUGGAAUCGAGACAGUUCCCUGUUACCAUACAUUUUAACAAAAGAACAAGCACCAAUUACGUUUCUGAUGCAUUAAAAAAAGUUAUAAAAAUACACACUCGUCUCCCUCAUGGUGGAAUCUUAGUAUUCUUAACAGGCCAACAAGAAGUAAAUCUCAUAGUAUCUAAAUUACGCAAAGCUUUUCCUAUAAAGAGUAAAAUGAAAACUCCAAAGAAGGUAAAAGAAUCGCAAAAAAAUAAAGAUUCUUCAAAAACAGAAGAUAUUGGAAACAAAAAUGAUACUAACGAUAUUGAUAAUAACAAUGAUGAUGAUGAUGAUGAUUUGCAUUGGGACAAAGCUAUUCGUUAUAACAAAUUACGACAAAAAAAGCAAAUUCAAUUACCAAAUAUUAACCUGGAUAAUUACUCUGUAAUUCCUAUUGAUGAUACACAUGAAGACUUUAUUAACGUAGAUGAUGACGAAGAAUUACAAUUAGAUGAAGAUGAAGAUGAAAAUAUCAUGAUUGAUCUAAAGGCCUAUACAAAUGAUCAACCACUAUGGGUUUUACCAUUGUAUUCUCUUCUUUCAAGUUACAAACAAGCAAAAGUAUUUGAGCCACCACCAGAAGGUUACCGCUUAUGUGUAGUAUCUACAAAUGUGGCAGAAACUUCCCUAACUAUACCUAAUAUAAAGUAUGUAAUAGAUUGUGGACGUUGUAAAACAAGAAUGUAUGAUAAAGUAACUGGAGUGAGUACAUAUAGAAUCUGCUAUAUUAGCAAAGCAUCUGCUAAUCAACGGGCAGGAAGAGCUGGUAGAAUUGGUCCUGGACAUUGUUACAGGUUAUAUUCUUCAGCAGUGUUUAAUGAACAGUUCGAACAGUUUAGUCAGUCAGAGAUUCAAAGAAAACCUGUGGAUGAUUUACUUUUACAAAUGAAAGUUAUGAAUAUUGAUAAAGUGGUGAAUUUUCCAUUUCCAACUCCACCAGAUACUAUACAAUUGAAAAUGGCUGAGAAAAGACUUGUGACACUUGGAGCUUUGCAGAAACCUCUUUCUAAUGAAGAAAGUUCUUAUAGUGCUAAAGUAACACUACUUGGUAAUAGUAUCGCUGCAUUUCCCGUUACACCUCGUUAUGGAAAGAUGUUAGCCCUCUCCCAUCAACAUGAUCUUCUUCAAUACACAGUGUGUAUGGUGGCUGCACUUUCUGUUCAAGAAGUAUUGAUGAACUCGUACGAUAUGGACAGUGAUGACCGAAAUAAAUGGAUAAAAAUGAGACGUUUCUGGGCUGGCACUGGGAACAGCUUACUUCUUGGUGAUCUGAUGGUGUUAAUCAAAGCUAUAGUAGGUGCAGAAUAUGCUAGGACUAAAGGAAAAUUAGAAUCUUUUUGCAAAGAGCAUGGUCUACGGCACAAGGCAAUUGUAGAAAUUCGCAAGCUCCGCCAGCAGUUAACAAACGAAAUUAAUUUAAAUAUUCAAGAUCUAAAUCUCACUAUUGAUCCACAGAUGAAAUUACCAGUAGAUAUGGAAGCCAAUCUACUAAGACAAAUAGUUCUUGCAGGAAUGGCUGACCAAGUUGCAAGAAAAGUAAUGCCAGAUGAGGUUAAUGAAGAUCAAGAUAAAAUUAAGUGGAAAUAUGCUUACAGAACAAUGGAUAUGGAUGAUCCAGUAUUUAUACACUCCUCGUGUGUUCUGCGGAAAAUGUGUCCUGAAUGGAUAGUUUAUCAGGAAAUAUAUGAAACAAAUAAAAUGUAUAUGCGUGGCGUUACAGCUAUAGAACCUGAAUGGCUGCCUAAAUUUGCUCCUUCUUUAUGUCGGUUUGAAGAGCCUUUAACCGAUCCUCCACCAAGGUAUGAUUUAGAAACUGGCAAAGUAAUGUGUAGUAUGACAGGAACGUUUGGAAGAGCAGGUUGGAAACUACCAGUAAUAAAUAUGGAAUAUCCAUUAUCCAUAGAGGGAGUUAAAUGGUUUGCAUGCUUCUUAUUAGAAGGAAAAGUAUGCCCAAAAUUAAAACAGUUCGUUUCCUUGUUGUUAUCGAAUCCUCAAAGUAUUAACAAGACAUGGGCUAAGUUAAUACCGCGAACGCAAGAAAUAACACAGUUAUUACUGUGUAAUAAAAUUAUAUCGAAAGAACAAUUGUUAGAAACUUGGAAAACAGAUAGAAAUUUCCUCCUAUCAGCUUAUCAAAAAUGGUUGCCAGAAUCAGCCCAUGGACACGUUAUGGCCAUUUGGCCACCUAUAUAAUAAAUUUUAUACCUUAAUUAUAUACUUAUAGCUAAUUAUACAAUAAUAAAACGAUAUAGCAUACUCGUAAAUUAUUAUAUUAAAUGGUAACUUUGAUUCAUACUGAAAUGAUCAUUAAAGCCUCCAACG